GUUGAUGGUCGCCUGCUGCCGGGGCUUCGUGGACAUCGUGCCCCUCCUGCGGCACUGCCCCUACGUGGAUGUCAACCAGCAGGACACCGAGGGCAACACGGCGCUGAUGAUGGCCGCGCAGGCAGGGCACAUCACCAUCGUUAAUUACCUCCUGAAUUACUUCCCGGCGCUGGACGUGGAGCGGCGCGACGCCCGCGGGCUGACGGCGCUGAUGAAGGCGGCGGUGCAGGGCCAGCAGGACUGCGUGACUGCGCUGCUGCUGGCAGGAGCCGACCUGCAUGCCGUUGACCCCAUCAAAGGGAAGACAGCCAAGGAGUGGGCCGCCUUCACCGGCCGCUUUGAGACCACCGUCCGUAUCCGGACCCUCCUCCGGCGCCCACGGGCCGAGCAGUUUGGCACCCAUUACCUCCCCGAGUGGCCGGCACUGGCCGGACUGGUGGCCAAAGCCCUGAGCCCCAAAUCCCGCAGCCAACGGCUGUCGGAGAAGAUCCGCUCCCUCUUCACCUUCCGCAUCCCCCGUGACCCGGAGGAGGACGGUGUGUUGGACCACAUGGUGAGGAUGACCACCUCCCUCGCCAGCCCCUUUGUGAGCACUGCUUGCCAAACUGUCUGCCCUGAUAGCCCACCCGAAGUGGGCAAGCGGAGGCUCUCGGUGGCGGAGAUCCUCCAGGAGCCGGGCACUGGGACAGCAGCGUGCAAUGGCCAACUGGUGGGGCACGGCCAACUGGAGGGGCACGGCCAACUGGUGGGGCACGGCCAACAAGUUGGCAAUGGCCAAGUUGCGUUGGACCGAGCGGUGGUGGAGAUGGCAUCGCGCCGUCACCGCCUCCUGGGCUUCCUCCCCCGGCUGCUCCGUGCCAACUGCAUCUUCCCCGGGGAGCGUGUGCCCAGGAUCAAGCUGAGCAAAGCCAGCUCACCUCCGGCGUGCGGGAGGGAGAGGAGACCCCGUGCCCGCGACAAGGCGCUGUUACAGCCACCCAAAUGGAGGUACAAGGAGCUGAAGGAGGAGAAGCGAGCAGCCGAGGAGGCAGAGGGAGAAAAGAAG